AUGUCAACGUAUCUUGUCGCGUGGGUGAUUGGCGAGCUGGAGUCUAUUCAGAAGACGGUGCGCCUGCCCUACUCGCCGGACCGCGAGACCGUUGUGUCUCUGUAUGCUGCCCCCGGCCAGGCGUCCAAGGGGCAGUUCUCCCUUGACCUCGCCGUGCGCGUGCUCCCUCUUUACGAGAAGUUCUUUGAGUGCGGCUACAUUGGUGAUAAGAUGGACCUCGUGGCCAUCCCCGACUUUGCUGCCGGCGCGAUGGAGAACGUCGCGUGCGUGACUUUCCGCGAGUCCGCCAUUCUCAUUGACGAGUCAACUACCACGAUGGAGAAAAAGUACGUGGCACUCGUCGUUGCGCAUGAGCUGGCACACAUGUGGUUUGGCGAUGCGGUCACGAUGGUGUGGUGGAACGCACUCUUCCUGAACGAGGCCUUUGCCACGUACAUGGAGUACUACGCCGUUGACAAGCUGAUCCCGGAGUGGAACGUCUUCACAGAGAUGCUGCAGCGGGAAGGAGGAGCGCUAUGCAGCUUGACGCGAUGGACAGCUCUCACCCUGUCGAGGUCGAUGUUUGCAACGCACAGGAGAUCGAUGACAUCUUCGACGCCAUCAGUUACUCCAAAGGCUCCUGUCUCAUCCGUAUGA